AUGCUGCAUACAGGGGUUGUGGCCACGGGGGUUCUCUCGCUCGGGAUUGGGGGCAACAAGAUGCAGAGAACACCACCUCACACCACGCGCUUGGGCGACCACGAAGCGGGAAGCACUUGGAUUGGCCUUGCCUCGCCAGCUCGCGGGAUGAAUCCGAACGCUACAGAUCCGGCGAGCGUCACCUUACGCUUGGCAGGAGACGGAAGGUUUCGAAGCAUUCGAAACAGCGGUGAUUGUGAAAAUGGCAGGGCGAUGCGACUGAAAGGGGUCCCGCCCUUUCCCAGCGUCCCUACCUGGUUCCUUGAGGCCAGUUUCCAUGAGCGUGUCAGUUUUCAGGACACCUCUCAGCGUCCUAAUGGCAAGAGCGGCCCCCAUGGUGACCCUAGCAAGGUGUUUGUUUGGCAAUCUGGCCGUACUUUUGCACCGAACGGCAGCACCAAUACCUUUGGGUUCAGCAUCCCAUGGAAAUCUGGUGUGGACGGGAGUGUGGUGUGGAAGCUGGGAUGGUCGACGCUAGCAAUGAGGUGUGGAGUGCAGCUUGCAGGCCUGGUGGGUGGCGGCUACUCCGUCCUGCACCUUGCCCGGCUUCCUGUCCGUCAAGCCAUCCGGGAUGUCUUAGCGUAG